AAAACCGACUUAUUUUGUGUUUUUGAUUCUGUGUUAAUAAAAUCAGCGGUCGAAAUGAGUACAUUUGUGAGAAAACUUAUGAUUUUGGUUAGCAUGAUUUUAGAAGUGCACGGGGACAUAUACUUACACACACCUAGGGGCUCAAAUAAUAGACUGAAUGAAAAUGGAAGGGGUCGUGCAAAGGCAAACAGACUUUUUGACUCGCAAAACAACAACCGUGGUGGAUACAAUGUGGGACCACAACCAAUGUAUUAUUAUGCGGGCUCCAAACUGCAGAUACAGUGGACCAACCAGCAUUCAUGUUCGGACAAGAACAGCCAUUGUGAACUCAUAAUUCAAUACAUGUGUGGACCCAACAUCAGAGAUGGCACCAGUACAGAUACAAUUCCUGUAGACAAGGCAAAGUGUGCCAACGCUGACUGCAACACAGAUGAGAAGUAUGGAAUGCACGAGGACUCCACACAUUACCAGAGAUGUCUCUAUCGCAAGAGAAAUUUGGGUCUUUUCACAGCUGACCAGAAUAUGGAAGGCAAGAACAAGCAGUCGGCUGCCAGCACCCGGCAAGAAAACAAUGGCAGAAAUAAUCGCUAUGGUUACGAAUGUACCGAAGAGCGUGAUUAUUAUCCAUAUUGGCAUCCCAGUCCGUGGAAGGAUAUUGCUGUUCUGACCAACACGGUGGGACGGUGUGCCCACUACAAGGCCGAGAGUGAAAAUGUCAAGUCACGCUGGCAAUGUGUGCUGCCUCUUGACACUCUGGAAAAAAUGGAUGCCGCAAAUGUCUAUGCUCCAAACAAUGCACAGGAUUGUGCAAAUUUCAAGUUUCCUGCCAAUGAUCCCCAGGGGGUAAAGGGAGAGUGGAAGGAGUCCUCAGCCCAUGGAAUUCCAUCCCCUGACUGCCAUGAGACCCUGUACAGUCGGGACAAUCACCUUGGUAACGGCGUAGAUGGCUAUGCUAACAGAUACAACUGGACUUUGCCGGACAUUGACCAAGGAAAAUGUGUUUUAAGGAUAAGGUACAAUAUAUCUACAAAUGAUUAUGAUGGGUGGAACACUGACUCCACCAAAAACCCUGAUAAAAAUGGCGACCCAACAAAACUUGACCUGUCUGCAAAGUUCGGAUUUUCCAAUUCAACAGAAGCAGCAAAGAGGGGUUAUGUGUUUAAAGGAAACCCAGCAGUCAAAAUUUUUGAUGAGGGCAAUUUUGACUUCCAGUUAGCGAUAGACACCUCUCAGUUUGGAAGAACCUUUCAAGAUAGAUCUCAUACGUUUUCCAUAAGAAGGCGCCCUGACUCCCUGAAGACGGCCACAAUCCACAACAUCAAUGUCUCUGGCAAGCGUGGCAACAUCGUGCAGGUGUACCCUGCCGUGGAGUAUGACUUUGUCCCUAACAUCCUGGAAAUGAGACCCGGGGAUUUUGUGCACUUCCAAUGGACUGGGUCCGAUACAAACCCCAACAACAAUGACGGUCAAGGCAAGGCAGGAUCAGACAGAAACAAUGUCCUCCUGCUGAGGGACAAGAAUUACCCAGAAGGGACAGGGGUCCAGUAUGGCCCUGCUCCAACGUUUGGUCACUUUGGUAACAACUAUCCGAAGAACAUCAGUGAUUCACAGUUUCUUGGUCUCACAAAAGACGAUCUGCUGAAGCUUGCGUUUCUUAAUACAGAUAUUAAGGUUGGACCAAAUCUUGAUGAGGCCUCACCAUACUUUGACCUUGGACCACGCCAAAUAACUCAACUGGGCACGUACCACUACGUGUCAACUCGCAACAACAACUUCAGCAACCGAGAUCAGAAGGGUCGUAUCAUGGUGACAGAUGUUGUGUUCAUAGAUGACGCCAUUGGUCGGCUGGGUGGAGAGGUGGUCUUGCCGGAUGGGUUUGGCAGAGUGCAGGUGGAUCCAGGUGUGUUUGAUGGACUCACUAUGCUGAGACUGGAGGUGUGGUCAAGGUCAAAACACAAAGUCAAGGUCGACCAGAUAUCAAAGUCUUUAACGGCUGGGGAAAAGUUUGCUAGUGACUUCUUGAUCAUGCACCCUGAAAGUGUGCUGACCCAGCCAGGCAAGGUCAUCAAGGUGACCUUGACAGUGGACACGGACAAGAGCAAUAUCGCCAUCUACAGGUCAUCUGAAACGACCGGAUUUUCAGUGUGGACCAAAAUUGAGGCGGACAUCAUGGGCGACAUGGCACACUUCAAAACACAGUCAGGGGGAGUGUAUGUUGCGAAAUCACACUCACACACAGUUUUGAUUGUUGCGCUCGUAUUGUCGCUGCUUGUAGUGGUUUUAGUAAUUGUUGGAGGGAUUUGCUAUUUCAGAAAAAACCCAAACAAGUGGAAAAAAUUGAAGAAAAGUCCUAAAAACUUGCAGGAUAGAAUUUAAAAAGAACUGGAUUUUUUUUACAGCCUUGUCUUGUCCAUUAGGGAAAUAAUGAAAAUAUGGAAUUGAGAAUUUUUUCACGCAAAAAGUCCAGUGAUUUGGGAAAAAUUAAUUAAACAUAACUCUGUAUUAUAAAUCAAAAAACAAAAACAAAACCAUAAAAAUUAUAGCUAUAUAUUUUGUUAGAUACACUUAUAUAUUUUUUUUGGAUAUAAUAAUCAUUAUACACUUUUAGCUCGACUAUUAUUUAUGAAAUAUAUAUAGUGGAGCUAUCCUACUCACUCCAGCGUCUGCGUUAGCGUGCAAAUGUUUAAGUUUUCAUACUACCCCAAUUAUUUUCAUUGUCCCUUGACAUAUUGCUUUCAUAUUUUGCAUACUUGUCUACCAACAUGACCCCAACGUAUAAACAAGAGCAGACAACUCUAUCAAGCAUUUUGUCAUAAUUAUAGCCCCUUUUCCACUUAGAAUAUGCAGCAAGUGUUUAAGUUUUUGUACUACCCCAUUUAUUUUCAUUGUCCCUUGACAUAUUGCUUUCAUAUUUUGCAAACUUGUUAACCAACAUCACCAACAUCACCCCAACCUAUAAACAAGAGCAGA